GAGACCUUACACCACAGACCAGGAAAGGGGGAGGGGAGCAGAGAUUGCACAAGCCCUUCACUGAGGCCAAAACAUCUGGAGAAGUGGGAUGUUGGCGCCAGCCCUACCUCAUCUUCCUGGGGCAGGGCCAGGCAGCCCACUGAAUGAAAUGAGCCUCUCCUUGUUCCUCCAAAAGCUUUCUCAAAGGAUGGGGCAAAAAAAGAAAUUGGCAGAGGCGGAACAGCAGCAGAGCCCUACAGACACAGCCCAUAAGCCUUCCUUCAAGAAGCCUCGCUUGGGACCACCUUUAACCCUAGGCUCCCAGCGCAGCAUCUAUUUCUGUCAGAGCCCAAAGGACCAUUCUGCCCGGCUGGGGUCCGAAUUUUUUGAUCAGCCAGCAGUCUCCCUGGCCCGAGCACUUCUGGGACAGGUCCUUGUCCGGCAACUUGGUGAUGGCACAGAGCUCCGUGGUUGCAUUGUGGAGACUGAGGCAUACUUGGGACCUGAGGAUGAAGCCGCCCAUUCAAGGGGAGGCCGGCAGACCCCCCGCAAUCGCAGCAUGUUCAUGAAGCCUGGGACCCUAUAUGUGUACCUCAUCUAUGGCAUGUACUUCUGCAUGAAUGUCUCUAGCCAAGGGGAUGGGGCUUGUGUCUUGCUUCGAGCACUAGAGCCUCUAGGGGGCCUGGAGACUAUGCGGCAGCUUCGUAGUACCCUCCGAAAGGGCACCAUCAGCCGUGCUCUCAAGGACCGUGAGCUCUGCAGUGGCCCCUCCAAGCUGUGCCAGGCCCUGGCCAUUGACAAGAGCUUUGAUCAGCGGGACCUGGCCCAGGAUGAGGCCAUCUGGCUGGAACAUGGCUCCCUGGAGUCCAGUGCACCAGCUGUGGUGACAGCAGCCCGCAUCGGCAUUGGCCGUGCAGGAGAAUGGGCCCAGAAACCCUUGCGUUUCUAUAUCAGGGGCAAUCCCUGGGUAAGUGUGGUGGAUAAAGGUGCUGAGCAGAACACACAGGCCUGAGCAAAAAGCCUGCUUAGACAGGCUUUUUAAUUGUUUGUUUAAAAGCCAAAUAAAAUUCAUUUUUUCUACAAA